UCGACACAGUAUUAUAACAGUGCUGUUGAACAAUGUUAUUACCUGAACACCUGUGAUGUGAACGCGAGUGGACGAAUAAUAAUUUAUAAUCGUUAUGUUUAUAAACACGUCUGACCAGCACUUACGAACUGUAUAAGCAACCCCACGGUAGCUCUCUGCAAUAGCGCCAUAAAUACAAGACAUAUUUCUCACUGCCAAAGGUUAUUAAUCAUUAACAUUUUCCCACUGCACGGAAAAUUCGUCAAUUUUACUUCUGUUUUUGUGCAAUUUAAAGCAAUGCCGCAAUGGAACCAGCAGGCGAAGCAGCCAGUCGUUCGUCCAAUAAUGUCAAUGCCGCUUACCAAAAGCCAUCAGACAAAGAUAUGCUGAUUCCUGAGAUUAACGAAGCCGGAGUGAAAGAUACGAAAAAUGUGAUCCUGCAAACGUCCGACCCAGCGGCAGUAUCAGCUAAAGCUGUUACAGGCGCCGCCGUAAGAACAACGCAUGCAUUGAAACAUACGAUACGAUAUGCCAUUAAGAAGCUGCACGAUGAACAACCCAGCCUCGUAUCGUCUGUUCAAGCAGGACUAGAAAUUUUUGUUCGAACGGAACGACCCAUGGUAAUGACACGUUUCCCACGCGAGCACUUCGCGCAGGAACAGCACUGCCUCGUCGCCAUCGACUAUUAUGAACGAAUUAAUAGGAAGCGGCUGAAUUUCCUAGAUAUCCGAGAGGAUCUCGGCAAUUUGGCCUGCCUUCACGAGUAUUUUAUUGGGCGUGAUGAUCGGGCAGCAGCUGUAGCGGCAAGGCUGCUGCAUAAAUUAUUGCAGAUUAUGUCGGAGUUCGCGAUGCGAAUAGAGCACAAUUCGCGAAUGCGGAAAACCAAUUGGCAAGCUGUUGUUGAUAUGUAUGCAGCCAUACUACAGGACCCUGAUGCUAACGCGGCAUAUGUUAUCCUGCCAAAGCUGAGGCAUAUUUUCCAGCUUCGGUUAAUGGGUGCUGGCGGUUUUGGUGCCAUCUACAAAGUUCAAGUGGGUGGGAUCUCGGUCAUCGGCAAAUUGGUUCCAUGUAACAAAUUCAAAACAACCAGACAGGCGAGCGCCGAUAAACUUGUAGGAAGUAUGGUUAACAGCCCGUUUUUAGUGCGUUAUCACACUUGCUUUCGUAGCGACCAGGCCUACGUCACGCUCAUGGAGUACAUUCGGGGUGUCGACCUUCAUAAACUGCUGAAAUCGACACGAUUGAGCGAUAAAGUCAAUAAAUUGAUCAUGGCACAACUUGGCCUUGCCCUACAAUACCUUCACUAUCGUGGGUUCCUUCAUCGUGAUGUCAAGCCGUCGAACUUGAUGAUCGCACCGGGUGGUAAACUUAAGCUGAUCGAUUUUGAUACUUGUAAGAUCAGUGCAGGCAGAUUUAUCAAUGGGCACAUUAACAGCUAUAUAAGGAAAUCGCAUAACGAAUUCGACGAUGCUGAGUCCGCUGGAACGUUAUAUUUCUUACCUCCAGAAAUUCUUGAUAAGAAACCCUAUGGAAGAGCAAUUGACUGGUGGGCGGUAGGUGUGACAUCGUAUCGGCUAUGCGCGGGAAAACUUCCUUUCCGAGCAGGCACCAGGAAAGCUCUCAAAGAAAAGAUUCGGGAAGGUGAUGUAGGCUAUGGCUUGGGGGAGCCUGCUCAUGAAGAGCUCACCAAGCGAUUACUCAUCAAAGACCCUAUGCAGCGUAUAACUUCAGGGCGAUUUGAGGAAUUUCGAAAUCAUGACUGGUUUUCAACCGUUGACUGGGCGAAAAUUGAAACCGAACAAUUUAUUGAAGACAUCGCAGCCGUAAACGACAUGAUGGAUUUCCGUGACGGGCAGUAUUCACCUAAAGACGAAUUCAUCGUUAUUGCCGCACAAAAACAGCAAGAGGCAUUAUCGUUCGCUGAUCUUGACGAAAUUGAGCCUCAAGAUCAAGAACCUCUGUUCACACUUCUGUCGUGGGGGUUUCAAUCUGCUAUGGCUAAACUUCAAUCGGGGAUCGCAAUAACAGAAUCCGACAUAUAUGAGGAACCAGAAUUAGUGAAGGACAAUUUCAAGUUCUGCAAAUACAAGUUUCAAAAGUUCCUACAGCUAAAGACGCAACUGAAACCUUUUGGGCAUAUGAGCCCGCAAAUGUCUACGUCGGUCGGUCAGUUUUCUGACCUAUAAAAAUUCGAGGAUCAAUCGGGACCUUUAGGUGUCUACGUCAUUGGGUCAAUUUUUUGACCUAUAAUCUGUUAGCAAUCCUCGGUGCCGAUACGGACAACAAGCGCAAAAGCAACGAGAGACUCUAUUACGGAGAAGCAUGUUGCACAACGUCAGUAGUCUAAAGUAGCAUGACUACUAAUAGAAAAUGGGGUAAAUGUCAUAUGAAGCGAUACAAUUAAGCCAUCCCGUACCAUUAUCAAUGCGUGUUUCCUGACUGUGCCAGAACCUCUAUAGAGGUUUCAAUUGAGCUAUACAGUUAAUAAAUAGUUCCUAUAUUAGUAAGUUUUGCUAAUAUAUAUCCUAUAAUACGUCACUUAUACAUACGGUAUUAUUGUGAACUUGAAGACGAAUCACAGUCACUUAGGGCUAGUCCAACGAGUUAUGUAGAAAAAGGUUCACACUUCGGGUUUUCCGCAAAAAUGCGAUAUUAAUUUUCAGCCAUAAAUCGAAGGUGCUUUAUCAUCAACGCUAAGAAAUGGUAACUAUCUUUUUUUUAAUGUUACUCUAGCCGAACAGACAAACAAAAAAUGAUGCGAUGAAAAAUACAUUAUCCAGACAUAGAUGCUGUAGUGUGGGGUAAAUCUGUAUGCCCUCCUUGGAGAGUGACGGAACAGUGGUUUUGCCUGCAAUACCACCUGCAAAGACGUUUGUUAUAAAUGAAAUGACAAUCGCUACCAACAAUAUUAGACAGCAUAGUGUCUGUGAAAAGAUCCAUAAAUAUUCGGAGUACUUCUCGACGGGUAGUGCAACCCUAGUUAGGUGGCAUAUGAACUUCUGCCAGAGACUUAGGUUUACAAUUAAGCGACCUCCAAACGUAAAAUUUCGUCUGAUAAACGGCACAUGGCCAUUUUAAUAAUACGAAAUGAACUUAGAAAUACUGAAGAAUUCUCACAACUAAGCUUUAACGAACAAUUAACGAAUAAUAAAGGAAAGCACUUGUAUACAACCUAUACAAAAGCUUAUGAUUUUCUUGCGCUAUAGAAAGAACACUUAUAAUAUGAUGUACGAAGAAAUU